CAGGCGCAGCCGGAGCGCAGAGCGCGGACCCCGCAAGUCGGAGCCCCGAGGAAUCGAGACCGGGCCUGGAGGUGGGAACAGGGCAGAGGGGACUCCCUGCUCCCCACACCUGUGAUGGCCUGGAUGUUGGCUGAGUCUUCAUCUUGCAGAGCACAGGCCUGUCCUCACUCACAAGAGUCUCAAGCCGACUCUGUCCACUUUCUCUCCUUUUGCAUCAGAGAACGGGCAUAAUCAUCCGGGCAGCAGCGAGUGAAGGUGCCUGUUCCGGAAGGAGGGGUCAUGGCCUUCAUGUUGUGCGCCCGGCGGCUGGUCUGCAGCUCCCGGCACAAGCCCUGCUUGCUAGUGCCAGGAUCCAGAUACAUCAGUCAAGCCGCAGCCAAAGUCGAUGUUGAAUUUGAUUAUGACGGGCCACUGAUGAAGACUGAGGUCCCGGGGCCCAGGUCUCGGAAGUUGAUGGAGCAGCUGAACAUGAUUCAGAAUGCAGAGGCCGUGCAUUUUUUCUGCAACUACGAAGAGAGCCGAGGUAACUACCUGGUGGAUGUGGACGGCAACCGCAUGUUGGAUCUUUAUUCCCAGAUCUCCUCUGUCCCCAUAGGUUACAGCCAUCCUGCUCUGGUGAAGCUCAUCCAACAGCCUCAGAACGUGAGCACCUUCAUCAACAGACCUGCGCUGGGCAUCCUGCCUCCAGAGAACUUCGUGGAGAAGCUCCGGGAAUCCUUGCUCUCUGUGGCUCCCAGAGGGAUGUCCCAGCUCAUCACCAUGGCCUGUGGCUCCUGCUCCAACGAGAACGCCUUCAAGACCAUCUUCAUGUGGUACCGGAGCAAGGAAAGAGGGCAAAGGAGCUUCUCCAAAGAGGAGCUGGACACCUGCAUGAUUAACCAGGCUCCCGGGUGCCCCGACUACAGCAUCCUCUCCUUCAUGGGUGCUUUCCACGGGAGGACCAUGGGUUGUCUGGCAACCACACACUCCAAAGCCAUUCACAAGAUUGACAUCCCGUCCUUCGACUGGCCCAUCGCCCCGUUCCCGCGCCUGAAAUAUCCUCUGGAAGAGUUUGUGAAGGAGAACGAGCAGGAGGAGGCCCGCUGCCUGGAGGAGGUGGAGGACCUGAUCGUGAAAUAUCGGAAAAAGAAGAAGACGGUGGCUGGGGUCAUCGUGGAACCCAUCCAGUCGGAGGGUGGAGACAACCACGCCUCGGACGACUUCUUCCGCAAGCUGAGAGACAUCACCAGGAAGCACGGCUGUGCCUUCCUGGUGGACGAGGUCCAGACCGGAGGAGGAUGCACUGGCAAGUUCUGGGCCCACGAGCACUGGGGCUUGGACGACCCAGCAGACGUGAUGACCUUCAGCAAGAAGAUGAUGACGGGGGGCUUCUUCCACAAGGAGGAGCUCAGACCCAGCGCUCCUUACCGGAUCUUCAACACCUGGCUGGGGGACCCGUCUAAGAACUUGCUGCUGGCCGAGGUCAUCAACGUCAUCAAGCGGGAGGACCUGCUGGAUAACGCGGCCCGUGCUGGGAAGGCCCUGCUCACGGGGCUGCUGGACCUCCAGGCCCGGUACCCCCAGUUCAUCAGCAGGGUGAGGGGACGCGGUACCUUUUGCUCCUUCGACACUCCAGAUGAAUCCAUACGGAACAAACUCAUUUUAAUUGCCAGAAACAAAGGUGUGGUGUUGGGGGGCUGUGGCGACAAGUCCAUCCGUUUCCGUCCCACUCUGGUCUUCAGGGAUCACCAUGCUCACCUGUUCCUCAAUAUUUUCAGCGACAUCUUAGCAGAGUUCAAGUAGAAAAGCCAUUUCCACGACACUCAGAGAAGCCGAUCUCAACAGUUGUCAAUUGAUUAGUUUGCCUAAUUCAUGUUUCCACUUAGAAGUGUCAGAGGCGAAUGCAUGAACUGAAGGGUUAUUGUGGGGAGGGGAUUUUUGGUGGUUGUGGGGAGGGGAAGGGAGGUGGGCUGGUUUUGAUCUUCCUCCCAGCAGAGCCGGUGCCGGUUGGUUUCCGUCCUGGACACAGUCUUGGAAAGGGCCCUUUGGUCCUGGCCAUAUUUCAGCCCACCUCACCCCAACAAUUUCUUUGGAAGCCAGUCAAGGGAGUCCCACCCACGCCUGAGGCUGGUGGUCAGGGCCUUGGGUUCCAGGCCGUGUCAUCAGAGAUGGCCGGCUUCCCCUCACCCUAUGCAAGCAAACAUGCCCUCCCCUCCUUCCCCCGCGCCUGGAGCUCUGAGCACCCCAUGCUUGGUUCGGUGCAGACCUGGACCGUUCCCAGGAACCAGCAAAGCGGCACAGGAUGGAGCUUGGGGAAGGGGGGCCUCUGGCCCUGGAGACUAGGACCACUCCUCACCAUGCUCCUGGGUCCUCUGAACCCUCAGUUCCACCCCUGAUGGGCUUCUGCCCUUGGAGGAUCUCCAGGUGGACCAACUCCUACUGACACCCUCCAUCCCCAUACCCUCCUCCCUGUGUGUGCGGCCAAGACUGCGGCCUGAGCAUGCAGGGGACACACAUGAGCUGGAAGGUCAGAAGAACGAGCCUGUCCCCCAAAGAGCACAAGCCCAGAACCGCUUCAUCCCAUCUGGGGCCCCUUGGGGUCUGACUCUUGACCCCUCUCCCGGGAGGCCCCUUCUCAGCUUUCAUUCAUCCGCCUUCGCGCUGCUUCUGAGCAGAGCUGAUCCACCAGCGGGCCGCUGCUGGAUGAGGUUUCUUCCUGAGGGAGUUGGUGAAGGAAAGACACCAGAGCCCUGCACUUGGGAAAGCAACCUGUGGUUGGAGGUGGCUUCCUUGUGCUUGCCUCUGAACUCCACUCUGCCUGAGGUGCCAGAGCUGGAGACCACAGGUAGAUGAUUCUUACGUGGUUGAACAGGCUGUGGCUGAGGCCCCAGUAUCUGGGCUGGAGCCAAGACAUUAUCAGAACUGAUCUGACGUCAGAUGCUCCUAAAAUGAGCACCUGAGGGUCCUGCAGCCACGAGGCAUAUCUCGUGGGUAGAUGGAGAGUCUGGCUUGCAUUCUGUGACCAGAGGGGAGCCUCUUCGCCUCCUGGUGCCUUGGUGGACUCUUUUGGAAGACGGACGUGUCAAGGUUCCCAAUUCAGCAUUUUGCUCUUUCAGUAACUAAUCAUCCAAAGAUUCAGCUUCCACUCUUCCUCACACUUGGUCAUCAACCUUUUUUUGUUGAGAAAUGAAAUGUCUGACGGAGCUGGACAGACCCAUGGAUCCCGGUUCUCUGCCCUCCUGCAGUCUGCGGCCACACUGCCGCUUUUCCUAAGGUCAUGUUUGCACUGCCAACGAAGUGAGGCUGGAUGCCUCCCUCUCACUCAUUUGUACGCUUUUUUUAAUACAUCAGUCUCCACCGCUCAUCAAACUUUCAUGAAAUCCCUGUGCCACCCCAGGCCCUGGAAAACACACAGGAAAUAAAACGUAGUCCCUGCUCUCAAAGAACUCACUACCCAUAGGGAACGACAGAUUCUAAGACCAACACCUAAAUCAGAGUGGCGAGCGCAAUGACAGAGGUGGGCGUGGAGCCUCAGCGAGUCUGAGGGGAGGGAGGACCCCAGUCUGCCUAAAGUUUAGAGGAACUUUCAAGGAGAAAGUAACGUCUGAACAGGACUUUGCAGAAUGAGCAAGAGUUCCCCAAGCAGACAGGGCAGGAGCGCAGCGGUUCACAGGCUCACUCCUUCACUGGGGAGCCGACCCCACAGGCAGCGUCCCAAGGCUCCAGCCUUAUUAACGAACAAGAACAUCGCAGACCAACCAUGAGGCACGUAUCCGGUGAUGAACGCCUUCUCCUGAGAACCUCAGCACCGGGUGCAGACGUUCCAUAAGGUUCUUGGAGUCCGACGGAUUUUGAGCCUGGCCACGGUGGGACACUUGGCUCUCUUCAGUGGAGGACGUGGCUCGGCGUUCUGUUCCCUCCCCGCUGGGUGUCCAUAGAGGAGUGAGAUCACUUCAUCUGGAAAGUCAUUUCUGGACUUAUCGUUCACUCCUUACCAAGGGAAGUUACUGCUCGUAAAAUGCUGAAGCCUUUCCCAAGUUCUUGUCGACUUGGGACAUGAGCUCCUGAGAUGUCCUCUUUGUGGGGUGGGAGUGAGCUGGAGGAAGUUCAAGGAAAAGAAGUUUUGGCAGAGCUCAAGAUGGUAGAAACCAAGAAGAGGUUGGAGAAGAUGCUGGGAGCCCAGUGGACAGGUUGCUGUCCAGGGCAGAGCCCAGGAGGAAGCACUUCUGUGGGGGUCUGGAGAUGAACCCAUCACCCAUUAGAACCAUCAAGUCUAGUGAACGUCUCUAGUGAGUAUUGUCACUUUUACAGAAAACCAAGUCCAGUACUAGCAAGUCUUAGCACAUCCUCCCUUUUAUUAUAAAUGGGUGUUUUUUAUAAUUUUUACUGACGCUCAGUAACCAUGCAAAAUUGUGCUCAGCAUUAGCAUAUCUGUAUAUCUAUCCUAUCUCUAUAUCAGCUCAUGGUAGAAACCGCAGCUAGGGAGCAUUGCAGACUCAUGCACACAAAGUGAUCUUGUUUACAGUACUCUGUUGACAGUGCCAAUAAAUGAUAAGGAAAUUAACAUGCCACAAUGUAACUGAUGACCACAUGCACAAUUCCAUGAAUUAAAUGUUUCCUGUGUUAAUCAGUAUUCUUAAAUUAAAAAAAUAUUUAUAAUGGAAAAUCAGCAUGAGU